CCACAUCUGGGUCCUGGUUCUGAGGGUCCGAGUCCAGCUCUGAGAUUCCAGCAUCCAUCUUCACCUGCUUUCUGUUUACUUCCUCCUUGUGUGUCUUUCCAUUCAGUCAGGUUUCUUCCUGUGAAGGAAUUCCUCCCAAUAAUCGUUGGAUAUCUUCCCACGCUGUGGGUGUGGCCUCAGUGACGCACCUUUCUCAGGUCCCACCCCUCCCUGACAACCAGCACGCCUCGUGUCCGUCUCCUAGCAACCGUCCGUCCCUCCGCGCCGCUGCAGGCCGCCCCGGACCCGCCGAGUCCCGGACCGACCGUCUAUUCCCGGUCAGAACCGCCCGGUGCUUCCAUGGAACCGAGCUCCGAGUGAGCCGAGGCGCCGCCAUGAACGACCGGUACCACCGGGCGGCCCGGGACGGGUACCUGGACGUGCUGAAGGAGGCCGCCCGGAAGGACCUGAACGCCCCGGACGAGGACGGGAUGACGCCGACCUUAUGGGCCGCUUACCACGGAAACCUGGAAGCGCUGCGGCUCAUCGUGAGCAGAGGAGGUGACCCGGACAGAUGUGAUAUCUGGGGGAACACGCCGCUCCACCUGGCAGCUGCCAACGGCCACCAUAACUGCCUUUCCUUCCUGGUGGCUUUCGGUGCCAACGUGUGGACUCUGGACAACGACUACCACACCCCCCUGGACAUGGCCGCCACCAAAGGCCACAUGGAGUGCGUCCGCUACCUGGACUCCAUCGCCGCCAAGCAGAUCACCCUCAACCCCAAGCUGGUCAGCAAACUGAAGGACCGGGCGUUCAGGGCCGCCGAGCGCCGCAUCAAAGAGUGCGCCAAGCUGCAGAGGAAGCACCGUGAACGCAUGGAGAGGAAGUUCAUGAAGGAGUCGGCGGUUCUGGACAACAUGGACACCAUGAGCUUCUCCAGCUACACCAGCAGCAGCACGCUGAGCCGCAAGUUCAACACCGUCACCUCCAACAUGCCAUACUCACAGGCCACCCUGCAUUCGACAGCCAAGGGAAAGGCCAAAAUCCAGAAGAAGCUGGAGAAGAAGAAGCAGGUCGACGGUACGUUCAAGAUCUACGAGGACGGCAGGAAAAGCGUCCGCUCGCUGUCCGGCCUGCAGCUCGGCAACGACGUCAUGUUCCUCAAACAGGGAACCUACGCCAACCCCAGGGAGCGGUCGCGCCUCAACAUCCGCGACAUGUUUCACCCCGACAACGACGACGACGCCGACACCGUCUCCCGUGCCAUGAGCGACCCGGGCCUCCACGAGGCGGCGUACUCGGAGAUCAGCGCCGACUCCGGCCGCGACUCCCUGUUCACCCGACCCGGCCUGGGUACCAUGGUGUUCAGGAGGAACUACAUGAGCGGGGGGAUGUUUGGGAUCGGGGCACGGGACGAAGGCAGCGUGGCAGGAAGCGAACCUGUGGGCCGGGCGCCGAACGUCCGCCUGCGGGGCCACCUGCCUCGACGCUCGCCGAGCUUCGACGAGGACAGCAUCGGCAGCGCCUUGAGCCUUCAGGAAAGAAACCUGCAGGAGCUGCCGUGGGAGGAGGCCGAGGUGGGGCUGGACGAGGACAUGGAGCCCGAGAGCAGUCCUCUGGAGACCUUCCUGGCCUCCCAGAGCCUCGGAGAGUUCAUGACGCUGUUCAGGAAGGAGAAGAUCGACCUGGAGGCUCUGAUGCUGUGUUCGGAUCAGGACCUCACCAGCAUCCACAUCCCUCUAGGCCCCAGAAAAAAACUGCUGGAUGCCUGCAAGAGGCGUCUGGACGCUUUAGACGAACCAGAGGCCAUCGAAGACACUGAGCUUUGAAGAUUUAGUUUUAAUAGAAGCACCGAUCUUCUCCCUUAUUCCUCCCAGAUAAACACAGAAGCUACUGUCCUUUCUUUCAACAGUGCAGCCUUCGGAUCACAUGAAUCAGAAAGUGGAUCACUUUUGGUAUCUUAAACUUUACAUCUACAGUAAGUUUCUCAGCUAAAAUACUCAUCAGUCGUGUUUCCAUAUUAAAUAUUUAUGCUCAUUUUCAAUGACUGCAUUAGAAUUAGUUCUUUGAAAUGGCUAAAUUUGAUGGAAAAAAAAACAUUCCCACUGUCGCACACUUAAGGUGGUUUUUGACUUUUUUUUCUUGAAGAGUUAACCUUAUAGAGCCCAGUGUAGAGCUGGCGCUAUGAUUUGCAUAUUCAUCUUUGAUUGGUGGUAGAUCUGAAACCAGAUAAGAUUGAUCCAUCCUUCUUUUUGCAUUUAAAAUCUGGGGAGAUUCACUAACAUUUCACACAUUCACCAGGUCUCAGAGCGCUUUUUCAUUGCAGUGAUGGGUUUUUAAAAAUGCACAAUAACAAAAAUCUUCAUAAACGAGACCAUGGAAUAUUGUGCAACUUUUACAUUUACAAUUCCAAUGUCCAUAAUACCACAUUAUACUGUAUAGUUUGCCAGAAAAAAUGUCCCAAUAAAUACACUAUUGUUUAAAAGUUUGGGGUCUUCCAGACUAUUUCAUGUUUUCCAUGAAAACUCCUACUUGUAUUCAUGUUGCUAACAUAACUGCACCAGGGUUUUCUAAUCAUCAAUGAGCCUUUCAACACCAUUAGCUAACACAAUGUAGCAUUAGAACACAGGAGUGAUGGUUGCUGGAAAUGUUCCUCUGUACCCCUAUGGAGAUAUUCCAUUAAAAAUCAGCUGUUUCCAGCUAGAAUAGUCACAUUAACAACGUCUAGACUGGAUUUAUCAUUCAGUCAAUGGUAUCUUCAUUGAAAAUAACUGCUUUUCUUUCAAAAAUAAGGACAUUUCUAAGUGACCCCAAACAUUUAAACUGUAGUGUAUAUUGUAUGCCAGAAACACCCAGACGUUCUACUACAUGCAGUUCUGAUUGUGCAGUUUUCCAGUCAGCAUGUUUUUCUGUCCAUUCUGUCCCACUAUCCUCUGCACCGUUACAUCACAGUGUCUCAGGCGAGUCUGAACAAGUUUGUGCUGCCGAAAGCUCACAGACUCGUUUCAUUAGAGACGGUCAAAGUUUAAAGUGCAGUAUUAUGACGGACUACUACGUCCCAGUUGUAUUUAUACUGCAUGACGCAGUACUUACUAUGCGAGGGCAGCUGUAGUUCAAAUUUAAAGUAAAAACGAAAAGUGUGAUUUAGAACGCAGCCCGGGGUUUGUUUUCAAAUUCUACCGAGUUUAUUUGAACCCUCUGAACUCCAAUCAGCAGUUUCUGGCCUUUUAUUGCUGCACCAAGGAACGGCGGAGUCAUGUGACGAUUUGUACAUUUGUUUGUCCGUCUGUCUGUCUGUUAGCAACAUUACUCAAAAACGGAUUUGGAUGAAAUUUUCAGAGAAGGUCAAAAAUGACACAAGGACCAAGUGAUUAGAUUUUGGCAGUGAUGCGGCUUAUAGUCUGGAUCCACAGAUUUGUUAAAGAUUUCUGUAUCAUUGCCAAAUAGCGGCACGGCGUCACUGUAUCCAUGACAACAAGUGAACACUACGUCAGCUGCCUGCUGACGAUCACAUGAUUGUGAUCCUACUAAAAAUCCACUGCUGUGGACUUAUCAGGACUUAUCAGUCAGAAAUGAUACAAGGAACAACUGAUUAAAUUGUGAGGGUGUUUCUGAGUCCCAUCUAUUCUGCCCGCUACAUAUUUAGGUCACGUGAUCUGGUAUCCGUACAUAACGUACACAUGCAUCACACACGUCUGUGCUCAGAGCAAGGUCAUUCUGUUUCUGGGUACAUCUAUGUUAAAUGGACACAUUCUAUAGUGCCCUGAUUUCUGCCACAAAUUUUUUCAAGAUUUCAGCCGUUGGAAAUGAUACGACUGAGCAGCCUUGUCUCUGAGUACUUUUCUAGUUUUGCUCCUGUUACAUUUUUAGUUACUUUGGGCUCAUUUUUAACUGCAAUAUAAAGUCCUGCACCUCUAUGGAAAGACAAAAAUCAUGACUAGAAUUACGGAAAACUAGGAAAUAACUUCUGUUCAAAAUGACACAGCUACGAAUGACAGAAAUUAUAGGAAAAGAAGUUGAAUUUGUGAUUAUUUAUUGUACAAAAACUGAAAAAAACCCUCUCCAACAAAAUGUAGUUCUACGUACUGUAGUUAUUUAACUACUUGCAUUGUGAUUUAUUUACAUUCUUGUUUCCUCUCUGCUCUGUGGAAACACUGACUGCAAUUCAGUCAAAAUCUUUUGUGAUUUUUUGUCAAGUAACUGUUGUUCGCAGUGUAGUCACUUAUAGUUUUUUGUUUGCAUUACGAAAGAAUUUUUUGUUUUUCACAGAAUCUAUGUAGAGCGUACGCUUUAUUUUUGGUGAAUUUUUAAAUUAGACACAUAGAAUAAAAACUAUUUAAUGAAAUUUCACAGUUUUAAGCUCAGAUUUGAAACAGCAGAAGGGCACACCACAGACGAUUUCAUCGGAAAGUUGAAAAUGUGAUGAUUCUUUCUGCUUUUGCCAUUUCUGGCUGAUAAACAGCAUCAUUUUUAGACACUUGCCUUUCAAACCUGCUGGUGGGCUUUGGGGUUCACAGGGUUCAAGAAAACAAGGCUGAUUUUUCUUUUUCACAUUUUUGUUUGCAACAUUUCAAAGGUCCGCUUCAAGUAUGCUUCACAAUUAUAUGAAAACACGACUAAUGACGUAUUUUUGAGGCACUCAAAGGAGAAGAGUAGAAAUGAAGUGGUGAUAAAAUGUAUUUACAUGUCUAAAAAUUAAACAUUGGGCUCAGAAAACAUGAAAAUAGACAUAGAACUUGAUCGUCUACCUUUAAUGUGAUGAGAUAAUUAAAAAUUUGGUGGCAUUUGCCUCCCAUUUAAGCAACACUCCACAAGAAGAAACAGCUUUUUACUGGCUGAACAGCACCACCUACUGACAGGAUGAUAUAAAAACAUGAAAAUUAGAGCUCGUUAGCAGGAUAUUAAUCCUUCAUACAUAAUGGUGUUUUUUUCUGUUUGUUUACAGGAUAACAUUGCUGUUAUUAUUCCUCCUAGAAAAGACCUCAUUAUCUUUGCAUUUUGUAUUAAUUAACACAUCAAAUAGUGAUUUCUGUUUUACUAAAUGUACCUGAAGCUCUCCAUAUGUUGUUUAUUACGUCUUCUUUGUACAGUUUUCUUACGUAUCAGUGACUUUAGGGCGUGUGUGAUGGAUGUAAACGGCUGCUGCUCUGUAAACACUGCAGCAGCACUAAAACAACGAGGUGUCACACUGAGGUUGUGUGACUGUGGGAUGGAUAACGCUGCUAUCUCGGGUUGCGUAUUUGGUUUCAAAGGUCUGUCUGCUGGUGAACUUGAGAGUGUGACUGAGCUCGAAUGUGCCUUUUUACGUUGGCGGUCGUCUGAAGAUGUUCCCGUCAAAUGUUUUAUUAAAAUAAAGAGAACUUUGUUACCAUUCUGUGUGGGAAUUUA